GUCAACAUCGAAGAAAAGUGAUGAAGAGUUAGUCAACAAAGACCUAUUUUGGGUGUCAAAAAUGAAGGAUUUAUCGAUUAUAAACUUUCGGUCGUUUAAUGUGUGAGUACAGGGAAUAAGACAUUGAAAAUGCCUCUUGUUUCUAUGAAGAAAACUACCGGAGGAAACUCCAAGAACCUCCCUGUCCGAGUGACGACCAUGGAUGCUGAACUGGAAUUCGAGAUCGAGAGUAAGGCGAUGGGGAAGGAACUGUUUGAUCUGGUGUGCCGCACUAUUGGACUGAGAGAGACGUGGUACUUCGGGCUACAGUUUGUAGACUCAAAGGGCUACAUCGCAUGGCUCAAGUUUGAUAAAAAGGUUCUUGGGCAGGAUGUUGGCAAGGAAACUCCGAUCCCAUUCCUGUUCCUGGCCAAGUUCUACCCGGAGGAUGUGUCGGAGGAGCUGAUCCAGGAGAUCACCCAACAUCUGUUCUUCCUGCAGGUCAAGCAGUCAAUACUCAACAUGGACAUCUACUGCCCGCCCGAGGCCUCCGUGCUGCUCGCCUCAUACGCCGUGCAGGCCAAGUAUGGAGACUACGACCCAGCAACAUACAAGGCAGGGAUGCUGGCCAGCGAGGACCUGCUGCCCCAGAGGGUCAUUGACCAGUACCAGAUGACCCCCGAGAUGUGGGAGGAGAGAAUCAAAGUGUGGUACGCAGACCGCCGCGGCAUGACCAGAGAUGAAGCGGAGAUUGAGUAUCUGAAGAUAGCCCAGGACUUUGAGAUGUAUGGAGUGAAUUACUUUCAGAUUAAGAAUAAGAAGCAUACAGAUCUGUGGUUGGGUGUGGAUGCUAGGGGGAUCAACGUGUACGAGCGGGAUAAUCGACUCACGCCCAAGAUAACAUUCCCCUGGAGUGAAAUCAAGAAUAUCUCAUUUAAGGACAAAAAGUUUCUUAUUAAAAAUGUUGGCAAGGGUGCAGCCGAUUUCACUUUCUAUGCCCCAAAGUUGAGGAUUAAUAAGUUGAUCCUGGAGCUGUGUGUGGGCAAUCAUGAACUGUUCAUGCGGAGACGGAAACCCGACUCCAUGGAAACCCAGCAGAUGAAGGCCCAAGCACGUGAAGAGAAGGCUCGGAAACAGCUGGACCGGGCGCGGCUGGCGAAGGAGAAGCAGAUGCGAGAGGAGAUGAUGCGGGAGAAGGAGGACCUGGAGCGGCGGUUGAUGCAGCUGCAGGACGAGGUCCGCAUGUCGCAGGAAGCUCUGAUGAGGUCGGAAGAAACAGCAGACUUGUUGGCGGAGAAGGUUCGCAUCAUGGACGAGGAGGCUCUGUUGUUGAGAGAGAAAUCAAAAGAAGCGGAAAAUGAAGUCCAUCGGAUCAAAGUGUCGGCAAUAAAGACGGAGGAGGAGAGGAUGUUGAUGGAACAUCGGGCGAGGGAGGCAGAGAUGAUAGCAGCCAAACUACUGGAGGACUCGGAGAGGAGAGCCAAGGAAGCUGAGACGUUAAAGGAUGAACUGCUUCAUGCCAGGAUCGCGGAGAAGUUUGCCAAGGACAAGCUCCUGGAGGUAUCUCGGACCAACAUCCCCUACAGUGCUGGGAGUUUCCAUAGUUACCACAUGCCCCCUGAGCUGAAUGAGCUGAAACUUGACCACACGAUACUGACCCCCACUCCUCCACCUCCGACACAGAUGCCGGUGGAGCACCUGCCGAGACAUGGAUCAGCUGUCUAUGGAGAUAGAGAAGGAGAGACUGGAGUACAUGGAGAAGAGUAAGAACCUACAGGAGCAGCUGAAGGAGCUGAAGACGGAGAUCGAGGUGCUGAAGGUGGAGGACCGACAGACGGACUUCGACCGGCUCCACGAGGAGAUCAUCCAACGGGGGGAGACCAAGU